AUGCGAUGGAACCUUGUUACUCGUAAAAUUGAAGCCACAUAUACAGCUCAUCAAGCGAGCGUACUUUGUAUGCGUUAUGAUCCCAUUCGUGGCCUCAUCACUGGCUCCUCAGAUAAUUCUUGUUGGAUCUGGUCUCCCGAUCUGGUUCCCCUGAAGCGUCUUUCUGGGCACUCCCAGGGAGUACUUGAUGUGUGCUUUGUGGGAGACUUGUGCGUUAGCGCAUCGAGAGACCACUCGAUCCGUAUUUGGCGCGAUGGAGAAACAGAACGAAUUCUGAUGCACGCGGGACCCGUCAAUGCAGUCGCAUCAUUUGGUUCCACAUCCCUUGCAAGUGCCUCUGGUGACGGAAAACUUAAAAUAUGGGAUCUAGAGACUGGCGAAUGUCUGCGCACGAUGGAUCACGACCGUGGACUUGCAUGUAUAAAGGUCAAUGGCACAAGCAUAUACACCGGUGGUCAGGAUGGCAAAGUGCGAAUAUGGAAUGGACUGACGGGUGAAUGUUUGUCGGUGUUGAAAGGCCACACAGAUGUCAUCCGCUCUAUAGAUUGCUUGGGAGAUAAAAUUCUGACUGGAAGCUAUGAUUGUACAUUGCGUGUUUGGGACAGCAAUACUGGGCAGUGUCUACUUAGUUUUCAAAGUGGCCAUUCAAGCUGGAUCUUUAAUGUGCUAAUAAGUCGAUCACGAAUUCUAAGUGCGGGGCAAGACAAGAGAAUUAUGAUUCUUGACUUUAGUGAUGGACUAACCAUUGCUGACGGACCAUCCAAAUAG